AUGAGUUCAUUCGUUAAGAUAGACCAAACCUGUUUGGUUCAAGAUGGGCUCAACAGUCGAUGGGCCUAUACGUUCCCCGGAUCAGCGUGCAAUUUUCAGGAUGUUGAGGCUUCUAUCCAGUCGAUCAGUCUGUAUAACUCGGAAUUCAAUGUCGAUUCGAUUCAGUUCGCCAAUACAUCGUUUCAGAUAGAAGUACCUACCGCUGCAACGACAAGUGUCAUUAGUGUCAAUCUCGUUGAUGGAUACUAUCUUUACACAGACAUCAAUAGAAAUAUACAAACGGCUCUCGUCAAUGCUGGGGCCUAUCUAAUCGACUCUAAUGGGAAUAAUGUUUUCUAUUUACAAAUCGAAGAGAACAGUACGUAUUACGCAUGUCAGCUCGAUUGCUCGCCAACUCCAACGUCGCUGCCUACCGGUUAUACGAGACCAACUACUGGUUUAUACUCGAGUGGUGGUACUGGAUUGCCUACUACGACUCGUGUUCCUCGCUUGAUCAUCAAUAAUGCUGCGUUUGGAAACCUGUUAGGCUUUACGUCGGGGACGUAUCCAACUUCGCCUACAACGUCAGCUACGAGUCUGCUAAGCAAUACUAUUCCCCAGAUCUCGCCAACGUCUUCAUACGUUGUUAGGUGCGAUCUUAUCAAGAAUGAUUUCGUUGCAUCAGGUGAUAUCAUGAGUGUAUUUGAUAAAGUGAAUUCAACGAUUGGCAAGCAGAUUCAAUACUUCCCAAGUCAUGAGACUUGGUGUCGUACCCACGAUGGACCAAGGAGUACUGUAAGCAUCAGCAUCUGGAAUCAAAAUGAUCAAAUAGUCCAUUUCCGCGAUACGAGCGUUAAUAUUAUGCUACUCCUACGCAAGCGUCGAGCAUAA